CAUUUAUUUAUUUAUUCCUGUAUUUAUUUAUUUAUACAUUUAUUUAAGCAUUUAUUUAUUUAUUCUUGUAUUUAUUCAUGCAUUUAUUUAUUUAUACUUAAGUCAUUUUGAGUCCUCCAUAGACUUGAUCCUCCCACUUUCCGGAGGAUGCAUCAGAGGAGACUUGUGCGUACUCUGGCCAGCAGAUAUCCCAGAAUGCAUUUCACCAGCAACCGGAAACAAUAGCGGAGGAGAAAAUAAACGACUGACAGAUGACUUUUUAUAAAUACGACUGUUGUUGAGUCACGGAAUGUCAUUUUAGGAUGUUUUGUUUAUUUGACUGUAAAAAAUAAUUUACAGUGAAUAAUUAGAGUAAACCCAGGAGCAAGAACAGCUGAUGUGGUGACGUCAUCAAAUCUGAUUCAUUGAAGGGACCGUAAUGUCUAGGUUCCGGCAAAACAUCAAAAGAGACGGCACUAUGCCGCUAGAAAUAAUAAUAAUAAUAAUGCAUUUCAUUUUUAUCGCACUCUUCCUUCAAAGAAUCUCAGAGUGCAACACAUAUAGUGAAAACAAAUAAAACUGACUAAAACAUAGUUAAAGCAACCCAUAAAAAAAAAAGAAAAAUAUGGGCCGGAGAGAGAGAUAUUGUGUCUGCAGCUCAAGGGUAGCUACACGCCUAACAGUAUUCAACAUUCACACACAUGUUAUCAGUAUUUACACAUACGAAGAGGGGGCGCACGACAUGAGAAGACUAGAGCCAAGAAGAUCUCAGGGUGGGUGGGAUAUGCACCUGUGAUGAGAUCUGUGUAUAUAAGAUUGAAUCUUAAUCUGGGGGAGAGUGUGUUUUUGGGCUCAACUUGCAUGUUGAGGAGAGCUCCCCGUGUCAUUGCAAUCGCUGGGGAGCGUUUGUACUUUGCUUCUGAUGAGGAAAUAAACGUCUCCCUAAAGGAGAGAACGAUAGCCGACUGUGGAUCUUAUUAUUGUAGAAGCUCUUCCAGGCUGCCAAUUCUGAAUUACGAUACAAUUUGGUUGACCCCGAACGUCGGUUGGCUGACCUGGCAGAUAACAAAGAGCUUUUGACCAGAGCGGUGACGUCCGUUUCCCGGACUCCGGGCUAAUGGUCGGUGGUUGACAACCAGAGGAACCUCAUAAGCGACAGGUCGCCUUGUCGUCUCUCCACCGAUGAGCUGUGGUCGCCUUGGUAACGGUUGCUAACGUCCGCAAGCAUGAAGGCUCUGAUCCUGGUGGGCGGCUACGGGACGAGGCUGCGGCCGCUCACGCUGAGCGUCCCCAAGCCGCUGGUGGACUUCUGCAACAAACCCAUCCUGCUGCACCAGGUGGAGGCGCUGGUCCAGGCCGGGGUGGACCAUGUGAUCCUGGCGGUGAGCUACAUGUCCGAUCUGCUGGAGGUAGAGAUGAGAGUCCAGGAGGAGAGGCUCGGGAUUCGUAUCUCUCUGUCUCACGAGAAGGAGCCUCUGGGAACCGCGGGUCCGCUGGCGUUGGCUCGAGAGCUGCUGAAGGUCGACAACGAGCCGUUCUUCGUCCUCAACUCGGACGUCAUCUGCGAUUUUCCAUUCAAAGAUCUGCUGCAGUUCCACCACAACCACGGCAGAGAGGGGACCAUCGUGGUAACGCGGGUGGAGGAGCCCUCUAAAUACGGCGUGGUGGUGUUUGAGGGGGACAGCGGCAGAAUUCAACGCUUUGUGGAGAAGCCGCAGGUCUUCGUCUCCAACAAGAUCAACGCCGGCAUUUACAUCUUCAAUCCCAGCAUGCUCAGCAGGAUCCAGCUGAGACCGACAUCCAUAGAGAAGGAGAUAUUCCCCGUCAUGGCCGAGGAGGGCCAGCUGUACACCAUGGAGCUGCAAGGCUUCUGGAUGGACAUCGGUCAGCCCAAAGACUUCCUGACGGGGAUGUGCAUGUACCUCCAGUCGCUGCGGCAACACGCUCCCGAGAGGCUGCGCGCGGGGCCCGGUUUCCUGGGCAACGUCCUGGUGGACCCGACGGCGCAGAUCGGGGAGAACUGCACCGUCGGCCCGAACGUCACCAUCGGCGCCGGCGUGGUCGUGGAGGACGGCGUGCGGAUCAAGCGCUGCACGGUGAUGAAGGGCGCGCGGGUGCGCUCGCACUCCUGGCUGGAGAGCUGCAUCGUGGGCUGGAGGUCCUCCGUGGGCCAAUGGGUGCGGAUGGAGAAUGUGACGGUGCUCGGCGAGGACGUGAUCGUGAGCGACGAGCUGUACCUGAACGGCGCCAACGUCCUGCCCCACAAGUCCAUCAACGAGUCGGUGCCGGAGCCGCGGAUCAUCAUGUAGCUGGCGGCCGCCAUUCUGUUUUACAUGCGGACUCGACUGAAUACCCAAACGGCGCCGCGGCGGAGAGGCGGAACAUUGCCCUUUAUCAAUUUGGACUUUUAGCCCUCUGAGAAACCCGAUGUGGGCCGGCCGUCGAUCACAUGGCGGGGGGGGGGGGCGGGCGGAGGUGGGCGGGCCGGGCGGAGGUGGGCGGGCCUUAUGAACGGCGCCGUCACGAUGCAUUUAUACGUUGAGAAGAUGGCGACAGAACGCCACUGAAGGAGAGCCCUCUGGUGGUAGAUUUCUAAAUCUGCCACGUUGAGCUCUAUGCAGUAUAAAUGUUAGUUAAUUCACGGGGGGAACGCUCUCCUCCGACUGCGGUCGUUCACACCAGAUGAAUGUUAUGUGAUUAGUUUCUAUGUAAAGAUAAUAAUCUGUUAUUGAUCAGUAAUUUCCGUUCAGUUUUUUUUAUCAUGAAAGCAGGUUACUGCUCUUAAAAAGAGAACAAAAUGUGGCGGUUUUUUAAAGAACUUGUUGAAGUUUAUUAAGUAUAUUUCAGUCCGGCUGCAUCUGGGAUAUUCUUCUUCAUAUUUUCAUUUAAUGGGAAAGAAAAAACGAGGUGAAUUCAUUUGUUUCUGUUUAAUUCUCGUAUUAUAUUACAUUUACAAUAUCUGUAAGUCAUCGUGUUCCUUCACACACGAGGAAACUGAUUUUCCGGUGGGAUAAAAGCUGAAAAGACAACUUCUGAUAGUUAAAUAUAACUAAAAAUGAUCGUUUAAGUUAAUGGUUGUUUCCUAAAUCUGUACGGUGGCCUUUGGAGGACAUUUCAGUCUAAACUUCAUCAGGAGGCCGAUGAAGCUCCUUUUGAAUUGUGUGAAUAACAUUCAACAGACUCCUGAUUGGUCAAAUAAAGUGUUGUUACUGACCGUGACCACUGGGGGCACUACUGACCGUGACCACAGACACUAAGGACUGACCUCUGACCAGCUUGCAGCGGCGCCACGUUGUUGUGCAUUCAGUGUUUACGCCAUGUCGACACUUUGUGUCCGAAUGAAUGAAGUCAAACUUGUAAUGAAGCUUUUUAAAAAGAGAGAAUAAUAUAAUCUGAUGAUCAAACUCA